AUGCCUCACGCACUUGUGACGGAUACUGGUGUACAGUUCUCCUACGAGGACAGUGGAGCGCCGGUUGGAUCGACUUCUUAUGUUACUCUUGUUCUGGCCCAUGGUGCCGUCUUUCACGCUCCAAUUUUUCGCCGCAUGUUCCAGUUUGCGGGCGAGUGCAAUAUGCGUCUCGUUGCUGUGACGCUGCGGGACUAUCCUGGAUCCACUCCAUUCACGGUCGCAGAACACGCUGCACUGCGUAGCCCAGAUUCUACAGUCCAGGCCUCUAUGAUUCGCGACCGCGGAUUCGAACUUGCAGCAUUUCUCGCAUGGUUGAUUCGCACCGAGAACAUACCACCGAUGUCGUUCUCAUCCAACUCCGUUGACGGCCGCGUUGAUGUUUCCGGUGGGAUGGCGGUUCUAGGAUGGUCGUCGGGGAAUUGCAUGACACUUUCAAUGUUGGCGCAUGCGGCCAGCCUUCCAACAGAACUACGGGAGAUUCUCGACCCUUAUAUGCGAACACUCUUCGUCUAUGAUCCGCCGCACUUUGUCUUCGGCGCGCCAAAACCUGCUCUCAAGGAAUUGUAUAUUCCUCAGCGGGACCCAAGAGUGUCCGCUAAAGCCGUCAGCGACAUAUUCAUGAAUUGGGUCUCAAAAUACUAUCUUCAUUCCGACACGGUGCUAGAAAACUUACCUGCGCUGAGCCGUGCCGAGCUGUUCUCGGGAAUCGCACAAGACGCGGCCGACAACCUAUCUCCAGACACACAGCCUAGUAUUCAGCGAAUGUCCGCAGCCGAGAUUGACGUGAUCGCCGAUUUCUCGGUCAUGCAGCGUUCGCACAUAGCUAUGAUGGACGUAGACCCUUCCGUCUACCACGAGAACGCACGCCGCGCGCUUUUGGAGAAAACCGCUUGGCCGCGCCUGCGUGUUGUACACGUGUGGUGCGAUAGGUCGCCCGGGGAGCUCGUGUAUGCGGCUUGGUUUGCGCAAAAGAUGAUGAUGGAGCCUGAAUCAGCGGAGGGACGAAAGGUUGUCUUCAAGCGCAUGGAACGAGCAAAUCAUUUCACCUUAUUUCCCAAGCAAUCAAUCCCGGUAUGGCCCACGUUCACCACGAAUCCCGGGCUUCUCCUGUACUACGAGGACAGCGGGGCACCCGCUGGAUCGCAGGCAUAUGUCACCCUUGUUUUGGUGCAUGGCAGUGUCUUCCACACUCCGAUCUACCGUCCCAUGUUUAAGCACGCAGCAGAGUAUGACAUACGCCUCGUCGCUGUAACACUUCGGGACUACCCUGGAUCAACUCCCUUCACGCCUGAGGAGCAUGCCGCACUACGUAGCCCGGACAAAGAGAUGCAGGCGGCUAUGAUCCGGGAUCGCGGCCGUGAGCUUGCGUCAUUCCUUGCCUGGUUUAUCCGUAAGGAAGGUAUCCCUCCUAUGACGAUCUCCCCCAGCGGUAACGGGGUCGAAGAAACAGUCGCUGGAGGACUCGCUCUACUCGGAUGGUCCUGGGGGAAUUGUAUGACCAUGUCCCUGGUCGCUCAUGCGGAUAGCUUGCCGGAAGAGACCAAGGAGCUGCUGGAGCCUUAUAUGCGCACACUAGUUGUAUAUGAUCCACCGUACACAGUCUUUGGUGCACCGCACCCCACUCUUGAGGAAAUCUACGCACCUCAUCGAGACCCUAAAUAUGUUGGGACGCCGGCUAUCGAUGCCUUCGAGAAGAUGGUUUCAGCUUAUUAUACACAUUCUUCGACGGUUCUCUCAAAUAUCGCCUCGAUAACCCGAGAAAAUUUCUUCGCUGGUCUCUCGCCACAUUCUGGCGCCAAUCUUGUCUGCGACAUUGAACCUACAAUUCAACGCAUGUCUGCGGACGAGAGCGCGGCUACGACUGAUAAUUCAGUUUUGGAGCGGUCGCAAACAGCGUUUUUCCGCGUGGACUCGUCCAUCAACGUCGAUAACAUGCGUCGUGCGCUCCACGAGAAAGUUGCGUGGCCACAUAUGCGCGCGAUCCUCCUCUGGUGUGAUAGAUCGCUAGCAGAGUGUGUCUAUGCCGCGUGGUACGCUCACAAGAUGUUGGAUGAGUCUUGGCCCAAGGACGGACGCAGGUUUGCUAUCACGCGCAUGGAAGGGGUCAACCAUUUCGACACCGCGCAGGAUGUCUAUGAAACUGAGGACGUCCUACCAUCGGCCCAUGACAGCAAAGACGACACCAGUGACGAAGACGUAGGUGUCGCCACGCGCUCGCAUGUCAGAGGCAAGAAUGGAGAAUCAGGCAGAGAGGAGCUCGAUAUGAGCAAUCUGAGUGCUGAGGAUGCCAGUAAGAAAUUCAGGAAAGCGGAGAAGAAACACCACAGGCCACGAAUACAGUAUGUUUAUCCGCCAUCCCCAACGUCGUCGGAUGGGUCACCCCCGUCUACGCCUGCCGCCACGCCCGCUAUGCCUCUCUCUCAGCGUCUACGACUGCUGCAGGUCGAAUUGGCGGCCCUCGAAGUAGAGCUCGCAGACCCAUCGAAUCCGCUCCUGCAGAAAGAGCGUGAGGGAGGACACGACCCGGGCGAGCUCAUCCGAGGAAUGGUGGACGUGAAGAGCCGCCUAGAGAAGAUCAGUAAAGUCAAAGAAGGCAAAGGGAGGCUUGUCAGCGUGGUCCUUGGCGAGGAGGGUCCCAAAAUGGCCGAGACAGCCAAUGCUGGUAAGGCCGCCCCCAAAGACAAACCGUCGGCUCGCGAGGAUACCACUGCAGGAGAGAAGGCGAGGAGUCCUGACGUUAGAGACAUUGUUGAGAUGGACCGUCGGGUGGGAGACCUGGAGAAAAUCGUUGGGUCCUCGAGUACUGCUUUGGAUGAAACGUCACCUCUACCACCACCGCUUCUGCCAAUGCUGACCCGCCUUCACGCUCAGCUUACACUGCUCACGCAACCGCGCCACGUCGACUCGAUUUCACGGCGACUGAAGCUUCUUCUUUCUGAUCUGGAACCAUCCUUCGAGACCACGCUGGCGAGCCUAGAAGAAGAGCAGCGGAAAGUCCAUGCUGCACUGGAGGAAUUAGACCGCGCCGUGCAGAGCGUGGAGAACAGCAUGAAAGAGAACGAGGAUGUCGUAAAGCGCAACGUGAAGGACCUCGACGAGCGGGUGGAGGACGUUGGCAGGAGAGUGGAGGAGUUGAAGCAUUACAGUGUCGCACCGUCUUCCUUGUUUCUCCACGUCACAACAGUUAUCAUUGCAAUUACCGAUGUCAGGGUCUUUCGCCAUCGCUCCAUUGGCUCAAUGGCAUUCUUUGGCCUUGAUCCUCAUGAAACCCCUGGACACAAAUCGAACCACGAUUCUCAAUUACCGAACAAUGAACCUGCGGACUGGGAAGGCUGGUCGCGACGCGCGGCUGGACACUCAAUGAGGAUUUCCUACCCGGGUUGCGGUGAAGGUUAUUUCUUUUGUUUCAGGCCAAUCCUCUGCCGCUCGUUCUAUCUCGUUAGAUACUAUCAGUCUGUCCGGAAGGAUCAAGACUCCAUAUGGCACCAACUGAGGCGCCCAAAAGCCGGCAUCCAUGGCUUCGUAAAGCUACUCAGCAGUGCUACUCGCAAUAAAUUGACUGUCGUUGCGACUUUUAGUCAAGGCGAUAGUCGUCAGGGCAAGACGAUAGCGGAAGCAAGUCGCGGCUUCCCGCGACAGCUCGUGCGUUACAAGGAGAGUCGUACUAGGUUUGGCGUGGGUGCGUUGAGGAGGCGGUGUGAACGCGCCGCUUUUGCCGUGACUCGUCACGGUCACGUGUCCCCGUUUGGCUUUCUAUGGACGUGGACACGGCUCCUAGGACACGUCGUUAUAAAUUCCCACUUCCAAGCCCCUCCACCCUCAUACCACACGAAGCAGACAGAGAUGGCCGAGUCAUUCCGUACGCUGCUGCAUAAUGUUCAAAAUGAUUCCGCUGCUGAGAUUCAUUCAGACUGGCGCAUGCAGCUCAACAAUUAUCUCCAGAGCAAUGGCGGUUCUCGCUCGUUGACAUGGGAGGUCUACCAGUCCGGCCCACAGCACCAGCCAUCAUGGACGGCAGUCGCAUAUAUACGAGGAAUAGAGUACGGCAAGAGCACUGGGACCAGCCAGGGCGCCGUCAAGGAAGAAGCCGCACGGCAGACAUUAGCCGCACUUUACCAAGACAGAGGUUUCCGAGGAUAG